GGCCCGCGCGGCCGCCCUCGGAGUCCGGCCGGCCGGGGCAGCGGCCUGCCGCCGAACCUCCCCGCGCCCGCCCGGCCCCGCCAUGGCGCUGCGGUGCCUCCUCCUGCUGCUCAUGCUCUCGCUGGAGUCCCUGGACCUGACGCCCGGCGCCCAGGGCGCCCGCGGCCGCGCCGCCAAUCGGACCCUGAGCGCCGGCGCCGCUGCCGUCGGGGGCCGGCGGCUCGGGGGCGCCCUGGCCCGGGGCGGCCGCGAGCUGAACGGCACCGCCCGGGCGCCCGGCGUCCCGGAGGCGGGGAGCCGGCGGGGGCAGCCCGCGGCGGCGGUGGCGGCGGCCAGCGCGGCCGUCACCUACGAGACGUGCUGGGGCUACUACGACGUGAGCGGCCAGUACGACAAGGAGUUCGAGUGCAACAACAGCGAGAGCGGCUACCUGUACUGCUGCGGCACCUGCUACUACCGCUUCUGCUGCAAGAAGCGCCACGAGAAGCUGGACCAGCGCCAGUGCACCAACUACCAGAGCCCGGUGUGGGUGCAGACGCCUAGCACCAAGGUGGUGUCGCCGGGGCCCGAGAACAAGUACGACCCGGAGAAGGACAAGACCAACUUCACCGUCUACAUCACCUGCGGGGUGAUCGCCUUCGUCAUUGUGGCCGGCGUCUUCGCCAAGGUCUCCUACGACAAGGCCCACCGCCCUCCGCGGGAGAUGAACAUCCACAGGGCUCUGGCUGACAUCUUAAGACAACAGGGACCAAUCCCCAUAGCACACUGUGAAAGAGAAACUAUCUCGGCUAUCGAUACCUCUCCCAAAGAGAACACGCCAGUCAGAUCGUCCUCCACAAACCACUACACCCCCAUGCGCACAGCCAAGCAGACUCCAGGACAUUAUGGGAAGGAUGCUUACCGAAGUGGAGGACCUGAUCUCCACAACUUCAUCUCAUCUGGAUUUGUCACAUUAGGAAGAGGACACACGAAGGGUGAUCAUCUGUAUAACCAUCCGAUUUUAAGCAGUGCUACCCAGACCCCUACACAUGAAGCAGUAAAGAUGCAGACUCUCAGGUCCCUCCAGACGAGGGGUUCUGAAUCAGAAUCCGCAUCUAACAGGAUGCGAGGUGCACACAUGCAGGGGACAGCACUGCCUCCACCUGUCUGGCUGCAGCAUGUCUGUUCACACCCAGAGGCAGCGCUGAGGUCCCACCCCAGCUACUUCUGUGUCUCCUUUGCAGCUGACAAGGAGGCUGAUGAGUAUUACAUGAGGAGGCGGCACCUGCCCGACCUGGCUGCUCGUGGUACCCUCCCUCUCAACGUCAUCCAGAUGUCCCAACAGAAGCCGCUGCCACGCGAGCGGCCCCGCCGGCCCAUCCGGGCCAUGUCGCAGGACAGGGUCCUGUCCCCCCAGCGGGGCCUGCCGGAGGAGUUCGGCAUGCCCUAUGACCGCAUCCUGUCUGACGAGCAGCUGCUCUCCACGGAGCGCCUGCAUUCCCAGGACCCACUGCUGUCCCCGGAGCGGACGGCCUUCCCAGAGCAGUCCCUGUCGCGGGCCAUCUCACACACAGACGUCUUUGUGUCCACGCCUGUGCUGGACCGCUACCGCAUGACCAAGAUGCACUCCCAUCCCAGUGCCUCCAAUAACUCCUAUGCCACCCUGGGCCAGAGCCAGACAGCAGCCAAGCGCCAGGCCUUUGCCUCGCGCAGACACAACACGGUGGAGCAGCUGCACUACAUCCCGGGCCACCACACCUGCUACACAGCCAGCAAGACUGAAGUGACUGUGUGACUGGCAGGGCAGGGCCGGGCUGCAGGCAGGACAGGGCAGGGGUCA